AGCUUCGCAGCAAGUAUGAGUUCAGAUCUCGUAUCUGGCAUGUCGCGUGGAUUAAUGCCUGCCGGGACGUCCUGCUGAGACCCGGUGUUUUCACCGGGACAAACUGAGUGGGAGCGGAUGUCUCUCGCUCACCUGUGAGAGGCUGCAGAAUCCGGUUGGACCAGAUGAAUAGCUGAUGGACCCCCCGACGUACGAGGAGGCCAGACUCCACCCUCCAGUUUCAGGCCGACCGGCGGACAUUGUUUCUCCUCCUCCCUCUUACGACGCCUCCCUCUGCCCUCCUCCUACCCCUCCUCCCAGCUAUGGGGAGGCAGUAACACAAAAUCCCUUCCCCAUCCUGACCCCUCCUCAAGCGCAUACCACCGUGACCUCAGCACAGUCACGUACCACAAGAGUCACCGUUCAUCCCACCACAUUCAUUGAUAACAGGUCUGGUACCGAACUGCGACAUUUGAGAAACGUCCCAGCCGUCGUACGGUGUCCUCACUGCAAUGAAAUGGUCACCUCGAAAGUCGUCUUUAGACCCGGGAUGGAGGCCUGGAUCGUGUGCUGUAUUCUGGCUGCUAGUGGGUUGAUAUGUGGCUUCUGCCUGAUUCCCUUCUGCACCAAAUGCUCGCAGGACGCCCAUCAUCUCUGCCCGAACUGUGGAACGCUCAUCUACCGCCACAAAAGUUUGUAAGGACGUCCUUCACUGGUCUGCUGGAGACCACAGUGCAUCGCCACGAUCAAAGGCCUGGAUCAUGAACGUGAACUCAGAGAUCACGAAGGACUGUGACGCCUAAAAUCAAAAGACUUUUAUGCUGAAUUGAAAAGUACGGUAAAGCACGAUGACAUCCUCCUUGUCAUCGCCAAUGAGGUGGACUCUGAAUGGCUUUCCCACGCUGAAGAACUCCCCUGCUGAUGGCAAAGAGGUACACACUCACAACCGCCCCCUGGCGGAGGGUCGAGUCCCGCACCGAGGUCAGCGUAGAAAUGUUUCCGACAGUUGUAUUCCAUGGACGAUCAUUAUUUAGGACCAGUUCAAGCUCGCUGGAGCCCUUUGUUAAAGGAUUUCAUUCUCUUUUUCUUGUCCCUCAAAAUGUAUUA